AUGACCAAACCACAAGUUUUAUUUAUUGGAGAACUUAAUCAAGCUAUCCCCCAAUUUCAACACUUCCAAAAAAAAUACGAAGUUAUUUUCACUAGUUUAACCACACGUGAAGAAUUCGUAGAAAAGUUGAAAACUGAAUACAAAGACAUCGUCGCCAUUUAUGCUGCCUGGUUGGGAUUCUUGCCUAUUGGCGGAUUUAGAACUGUCAUUGAACAUGCUCCAAAGUCUUUAAAAGUCGUGGCAUUUUGUUCAGUUGGUUAUGAUCAUGAAGAUGCAGCCAUUAUGAAAGAUCAUGGAAUCAUUAUGACCAAUGUUCCUUCUGACGGAGCUGCUGGCCCAGUUGCGGAUUUGGUCUUGUACAAUACGAUAACAAGUUUCAGACAGUUUCAAAUGUAUAACAAUUCCUUGAAGGAAAUAAAGCAUACGAUUAGUAUCAGAGAUCAAUUCAGUGAUAAAGGGGAAUUUGAUAAGAUUAAUGGAAAGCCAACUAGAACAGGUAACGGUAUGGGUUAUAAUUUUGGUCAUUAUAUUAAUAAUAGACCAUGCUUAUCUCCAAACGGACGUCAUGUCAGUAUUGUUGGAUUUGGAAAGAUUGGACAAACUAUUGGGAAAAGGUUGGCCGAUAUCGGAAUGAAUGUGACAUACAUUAAAAGAAAUAAACUUUCAUCAGAAGAAGAAUCUAAGUUAGGUUAUGAAGUUACCUAUGCUCAUAAGAUUGAAGAAGUCCCACAGAUAGAUUUAAUAGUAAUUGCUUGCCCAGCAACUCCAGAAACUAAUCAUUUAAUAAAUGCAAACAUCAUAAACUCACUUCGAAACCCAUUCAGAAUCAUCAAUAUUGGAAGAGGUACGGUUAUUGAAGAACAGGCAUUAGUUGAUGGGUUAAAGUCAGGUAAGGUAUUAUUUGCCGGAUUGGAUGUCUUUGAAAUGGAACCAAAAAUCCAUCCAGAAUUGUUGGACCGUGAAGAUGUGGUAUUAACUCCACAUAUUGGUGCUUCAACUGUGGAAAAUUUUGAUUAUACUGCUACUCGUGCCUUGGAAAAUAUCGAAAGUAUCAUUGAGGGUGGUGAAGGAUUAACUAGAGUCAAUUAA